CACUUGCUCCCCCAAUGUUCUCUUCUGAACUCCCUUUCCCACAAUCCUCUUCUUCACUCGUUCCCCCAAUGUUCUCUUCUGAACUUCCUUUCCCACAAUCCCCUUCUUCACUCACUCCACCCUUGUUCUCUUCUGAACUCCAUUUCCCACAAUUCCUUUCUUCACUCUCUCCCCCAUUUUUCUCUUCCGAAUUCCCUUUCCCACAAUCCUCCACUUCACUCACUCCACCCUUGUUCUCUUCUGAACUCCCUUUCCCACAAUCCCCUUCUUCACUCCCUUUCCCACAAUCCUCUUCUUUACUUUCUCCCCCACUGUUCACUUCUGCACUCACUUUCCCACAAUGCCCUUCUACACUCACUUUUCCACAAUGCUCUUCUUCACUCACUUUCCCACAAUCCUCUUCUUCACUUGCUCCCCCACUGUUCACUUCUGCACUCACUUUCCCACAAUGCCGUUCUGCACUCACAUUUCCCACAAUGCCCUUCUGCACUCACAUUUCCCACAAUGCUCUUCUUCACUUGCUCCCCAUUGUUCUCUUCUGAACUUACUUUCCCAUAAUCCUCUUUUCCAUUUGCUUUCCCACAAUCCUCAGAAAAUCUGAUCCAUCUGAGGCGCCCCCGGCUAUUUAUUUUUACCAGUACCUGAAACACAGCGAUACACACACAUAAUGCAGCACUAAUGAUGAUAUUUUCUUGUAGGAGAUGUUUAUUAGUCAUGUAAUUUUUGUAUAUAGCUUAUACAUGUGUAACAUAAACUCUAAUAAAAGCCAGCAGACCCUCCAGCACACCCCCAGUACUGAAUAGAGACAAAAAAGUGCAUCACGUGUUGCAUUGAAUUCUCUGUUAAUCCUACUGUAACCUUUGUACUGUCAUUUGUGGCAGUUUACUGUACUGCAAGAAGCCUUAAAACAGGACAUAACCACUGGUGCACAUCACCACAGUUUUGCACUGAUUUUUAAAACCAGUAUUUUGUAUUAUAUGGGGUGAUGUGCAGAGGCUAUCUGUUCUGUCACUUGAAUACUGUGCCUAGCUAAUGCUGACAUGGUUGAUAAGUUUCACUGUAAAUCACACCAGUCUGUUCGGGUGAAACCGAGUGAGAAAGUCCCGCCUUCUCCUUCCCCAUUUGGGCAGGAAACUGUUACUCCAGAAACAAACUGAUUAGAGUAAUCUGAACGUCCAUGCGGUGUGUAGCAAGGUUCCCAAGCUGAGCAGGCCAGUGUGAUUCAGGGUUGGCCACAGAAAAUGUAUUCCUCAUAAAAUGGAUCCUGAGCUCUGACAGUUUGGAAACAGUUGGGCACAAAAUAAAGACAGAAAGAUGAUUGCAGACGGUGUGGCUCCAGUUAGGGUUAGCUCCAUGGGAACCUUCUGUUCAUUUUAUCUGUGGAUGCAUGUUGACCAUAAUAUGGAUUGUUGGUUAUCUUUUUUUAAGUGUGGUAAUAAUUUUGGAGGCCACUGUCGGCGCUGGAGGACACGGAAGAAGGGUUUGAGAGUGGCGUUCUUUUCGGCUGAUUGCAUUUGGGCGUAAAUGAGAUAGUCAAACAGCAUUUCGACUUGCCGGUUAUUCUAAAUCAAUCAAUGGUAUUUGUACACAUGUAUUUUGUACUAGGCGGAUUCCCUCGGUAAUUUGGAAACAGUCUUGUGCUGCAGAGUUACAGGCAGUGAUUCUGGUAGUUGUAAAUUUCCAUCCACACGCAGGUAACUGCAGCUAACCACGCCCAUUUCGCAGGUUGCCUAAAGGCUAUGCGAGACACCGAGAGGGAAGAAAGGAACUCGGUAUCACACGGGUGGACACGAAGGGAGGCGUGUUCGCCAAAGUUUCGGGUUUCUAGCUAGAUUCCUCUUUUCAGGGAAAGAACACCAAAACAAUAAAACCCGAGGCUUCCUAGGGGGAACGUGUCCCUCGGAUAAACCAGGGCGUAUCUAGACUGACCAAACACGAGAUGCGCACCUCGCCGAACUAGUUCUACAACUCGCGGGGAGGGAGUGAGUUAUUCCAGCUGUUAAAUACCGAUACGGACGGUUUCUACUAGUUGCAGUGUGUCCCAUUAUGCUUGUGCUAAAGAAAAGUGAUUAAAAUAAUCAGUAAAAGAUUGGAAGUAAAUAAUCUACAGUAAGCAGCCGGAAACCACGGACGCGAAAAGGAGAGCCAAAAUGCAGAGAACUCCGGUGGUUCCACCAAGACCAAGUGUUGAGGAUCUGAACAAUCCCAUUCGACACAGCCUGAACAAACAGCAGGUGCCAGAUGACACCCAGAGCAACAUUGAUUCAAGUGAACAGCCGUCCAACAAGAUCUUGGGUAUGAAGAGGAUUGUACAGAAGGUUAAUCCCUUCAGCAGGUCUGCUGCUCAGUCUUCUGAAGAAACAUCAGACAAUGCCAAUGAGAAACAAGUGUCUGACAAUAAACAGAAGCCUGGUGUGUUCAAAGGAGUGAUGCAGAAGGUCAAUCCUUUCAGAUCUGCUUCACAGGUGGAACAAGGAGGCAAUGACCAUGCAGAGAGGCCAGCUGGAAAUAAACAGAAGCCUGGUGUGUUCAAAGGAGUGAUGCAGAAGGUCAAUCCUUUCAGAUCUGCUUCACAGGUUGUGAACAGUGAUCUAUCUACCAGCAGUGACAGUCUCACAGAUAACAACAAUACACAGUUGGCCAACAACAGAGAACCUGAGGGUAAUCAAGGAGGCAGUGACCAACCAAUCAGAAAGAAGAAAGGGGUGACCUUUAGAAUCAGAAGGAUUCUACCUGGUGCUCUCUUUCGCUCUGCAGGAAAGGACUCUGAGCACGAGGCUGGGGGGGAGACAGAGGAGUCCUUGCUGCAGGACAGUUCUGUUGAGAUCCAGGAUCUGGAGAUGGCCCCUUUGCACAAUGAAGGAGAUGUUUUGGAUAGUGAGGAGGAAGACACUCUCAUGCAGUGGUGGAGGACAGUUGAAGGCUGGAGCCAGUGGAACGAAUCCCCAGAGUUUCAGGAAGAUGAGGAACUGGCCGCAGAGCAGGCUGCAGACCGUGUGUUCAUGGCGGCUCGGCUGUUUGUUCGGCUGUUUAACCAGCGUGGCGCGUCGCUGCAGCAGCGUAUCCUGGAGCUGCUCGCUCUGGCCGACGCCGCCGACAGCUUCCACAAGCGCACAGUGACCGCCAGCGUGGGAGGGGGCGUGGCCAGCGUUGCCGGCAGUGUGACCACCAUCACCGGCCUCAUCCUCGCGCCCUUCACCUUUGGAACCUCCAUCAUCGUCACAGCUGUGGGCAUCGGUGUGGCAACAGCCGGGGGGCUCACCUCUGCCUCUGCAAACAUCACGGACACGGUCCACUCCAACAUGGACCGCAAGAAGGUGGAGAGCAUGAUUGAGGGAUACCAGGAGGAGAUGAAGGACAUCAAGGAGUGCCUGGAGUUUGUGCAGGAGGGGAUGGACGCGCUGGAGCAGUGGAAUUUUGAGCAGUAUAAGGAGACGGUGUCGAAGCGCGCGAUGAAUCAGAAUGUGCGGCACGUGCUGAAGGAGGGGGGCCGAGCAGGCAAGGCGCUCAUGAUUAACACUGAGAACCUCAUUAGCACCGUGCAGGUGUUCAGCGUGGCAGGCGGAGCCGCCAAGGCCGCGCAGGCCAUCAGCGUCACCACCGGCGUCAUGUCCGGCCUCUUCCUCGCACUCGACCUCUUCUUCCUCGCCAAGGACUCCCACGAGCUGCGCAAGGGUGCUAAGACCCAGUUCGCCGCCAAAAUCCGCGAGGUGUGCCGAGAUCUGCAGAACGGCCUCCUGGAGCUGAACCGCAUUAAGACAGACCUGCAGAAGACCAUGGAUGGCAUCGAGCUGGAGGAAGAGGAGGAGGAGGAGGAGGAGGAGGAGGAGGAGGAGGAGGACCCGGACCCUGCUCUGGCAUCUGACCCAGGAAAACUGGCCCAUCUAGAGGGGUAGAGGAAGAGGAGCAGCAGGAGGAGGAAGGUGAGGAGGAGGAGGAGGAGCAGGAGGUGGAAGAUCAGGAUGUGACUGUGCAGAUCAGUCUCCACUGUUAAAGAACUGGCUCUGAGAAAACCUGUGAGAUAAGGAAGGCUUGUGCCGGGAGCUCAGGUGACGGACCCAGUCCUCACCUGGUCUUUUAGGAGAGGGAGCAGAUCGUAGGAAUGUGAGUCUCUUGCUCUCCCUCUGUUCUCUCCCUCUAUUUCCCUCUCUCUUCCUCCCUCUCUGUCCCUCCCUUCCUCUCCCUCUCUGUUUCCUCCCUUUCUCACUCUCUGUCCCUCUCCCUUGCUCUUCAUAUCUGUUCCUCCCUUUCUCAUUCUCUGUCCCUCCCUCCCUCUCCCUCCCUCUCUGUCCCUCCUUCCCUCUCCCUUGCUCUCUCUGCCUGUCCCUCCCUCCCUCUCCCUCUCUCCCUCUCUGUCCCCUGUUCUUCUCAUCGGUCCAUCAGUGAUCAUCCAAUGCUUAUUCAGUCAAAUAUUAAUUGUUUUAAAACUUGUGAACUCCAGUGGUGUUGGUUAAUAAUAAAAAUGUGCUUGGGUAAAUGUGAUUCCUGUUCAUUUUGAGAUCAGUUGGUGUUGGGGAGAGGCAUACUGUUCUGUGCCACAUGUUUUGCAGUUUGGAGAUGCCUCCCCCCCCCAGCCUCCCAUACUAGCUGAAAGGCGUGUUGAGCUAACAGAUGGUCGCUGUGUGUGCUCUGUAGUCUAGCCUGAAUGGUCUGCUCAUAAGCACCUGGGUGAAAGAGCUUUACACACUCAAACGCUCUAUGUGUCUCAGGAGUAGUGCCUGACACACUCACACGCUCUGUGUGUCUCAGGAGUAGUGCCUGACACACUCACACGCUCUGUGUGUCUCAGGA